GCCGUAGAUAGUGGCGGCUCAGCCAUUACGUCCGUAAGUGCUGUUGUUGAAUCCCUCCCUUGCGUACAUUUACGGGGCUGUUUUUUUUUUUUGCUCUCUCCCGAACACGUAUUAAUUUCAAAUAAAUGUUUAAACCUCAUUUAUUUUUCUCGGUUUUGACAAAAUCGCCUCGGUGCAAUUUGAAGUUCUUCAAACUAGAUUAGAUUACUAGCUGACUGGGAACAAAGAUACGCGGAAGUUAGCAAAACACGUCCAGACACCGACAUCGAACUAUCUCGAACAAAAAGAGCGAGCGAAAAACGUCAACCACUGGACACUCGUUUCAAGAAGCCUUAAGUUGCAUUGCAGAAGCAGGUGUCAAAUCUGGAUCUAGAAAGUAAAACCCUGCCGCAGUUUGGCUUCAACCACAAGUGCGACUACUCAACCGACAGUUCACUCUCUUACCAUCAAAAUACCAACAAUGGAGGACACUGGUGGGAUCAGAUAUGCACAAAGUUCCAGCGUAAGAGAGCUUCCACUUGAGCCUGAGCAGUCGGAGCCCUCCCACAUUAAAGAAGAGGAGGACGAACACAGCAUUAGUUUGCGUGGAGAGCAGCUUCCAGCAAUGGAUUUCCCGGUCAUUCGUGUCAUUGUGAAGAGUGAAGACGAUGAAGACGAGCCGCACGCCUCACAGUUUCAUUGCAGCCAGCUUGAGAGGAGGCGAUCCCAAGCGGACAGCCUCGUGGCUCCACUGUCAGAUAACGAUGACACAAUAUCACCUUCUCUCGACACUGACGAUGAACACCCUAAAGCUGAUGAGACAUGUCACACUGACAACACACGCUUGACAUGUUGUGAAUGUGACAAAACAUUUGUCAACAAGAGAAAUCUGAAAAGACACAUGAGGAUUCACACGGGAGAGAAACCUUUUGUGUGCUCGUUUUGCGGUAAAGGGUUAUCUGAAAUGACAACUUUGAUAGCACACACAAGAACGCACACCGGCGAAAAACCCUUUCCCUGCUCAAUCUGUAACACAAGUUUUCGAGUGCGGGCGCUGUUGGUCAAACACAUGAGAACGCACACUGGGGAGAAACCUUAUUCUUGUCCAAUCUGCAAUCGAAAAUUCUCUCGAAAGGAAUCCAUGAUAACACACACACAAACACACACAGGUGAGAAACCUUUUCCCUGUUCAGUGUGUGGCCAAAGAUUCUCCCGAAAGGGAAAUUUGAGGACACAUUCAAGAACACAUACCGGAGAGAAGCCGUUUUCCUGCACCGUCUGCAACGCAAAUUUCCGAGUUCAGUCUGGAUUGGUUCAGCACAUGAGAACACACACUGGAGAGAAACCUUUUGCUUGCUCGGAAUGUGACAAAAGAUUCACUCAGAGGACAAAUCUGAUCACUCACUCAAGAUCACACACUGGAGAAAAACCUUUUACCUGCUCAAUUUGCCAUACAAGCUUUAGUUAUCAUUCUUCAUUAAAUAAUCACAUGAGAACGCACAGUAAGUAACAAUGUCUGGAUCAAGUUUGUGUGAUCACGACUUUUUUUUUUAAGUGACCAGCUACAUUGUAAGGGUUCACUACUUCCCAUGUUUCCCUAGUGACUUAUAGAACACAGGAGAUAGCAUGUACAUCUACUCUAUUAAAUUAUACAAGGGAAAGU